ACGAGUAUAUCUGUAGUUUUAAUACUUUGAAUUUUGGUCUAUUAAUUAAAAAUUUUGGUCUAAUUCAGUAUUGUACUAAUUGGACCCUGUUUGUUGACAGUCCUUAAUCAUCGUUUAAUGUGUAUUGCUGAUUUCUGCUGGAAUUGAGCUGACGCGUUUAUGCUUGUAGGAUCUAUCCUUAUAAAAUGUCUUUUUAGUAAAUCAUAGGGCAUUUGUGAAUCUUGGUGCUGAAAAGUGAAAACCCACGUAAGUAUCCGGCAUAGAAAAUCCCAACCUGUUGAUUCAGAGUUGUCGACUGUGCGUAUGCAUUACCUUCUGGAAUCAAAUCCGGAAUCCCUCUAAAUUACUACAAGAUUUCUUGCGAUCCAGUUUGAGCGCAUUAUCGGGAAUGGUGUGAUGUGGAGCAUCCGUCGAGUGACUGGAAAAAUGAGUGGCGUACGCUGGAGCCUGCGCUUCUCCGAAUGGCAGCCCACCGCCACCGAAUGGAUGGAAGCUUGCUCCCGCAUUCAACCGGAAGAACUCGCGCAAGUCAAUGGUUUUGUAUUCAAGAAAGAUGCCAAGGCAACACUGAUUGGACGUUUACUGACGAGAGAUUUUCUUACCAAGGCAUUGAAUAUUCCUAACAACUCGCUUCUGAUGGGUAGAACAGAUAAAGGCAAACCCUACGUCCUGGACCCGCCAUCCGCCGAGCACGGCUGGUCAUUCAAUCUAUCACACAGUGGUGACUAUGUUGUUUUCGGCGCCGAGCGCGGUUGUCUGCUGGGGAUCGACGUGAUGCGGACGGACUAUCCGAGCAGAAAGAGCCUUCAGGACUACUUCCAGCUGAUGAAAUCACAGUUCACUCCUCGAGAGUGGACACUCAUAACUUCCGCACCCUCCGAAUCCGACGAGCUCCGCAACUUCUACCGGUUAUGGUGCUUGAAAGAAAGCUACGUCAAGGCACUGGGCAUCGGGAUCGGCUAUAGUGUCUCCCAACUGGACUUCCACUUGCCACCGGCGCCCGCUCCCAUCACACUGGACAUUGCCGGCGUUCGCCAGUCCGACUGGAUAUUUCGGGAGUUUUGCAUCGGCGAGCAGCAUGUCGGGGCUGUGGCGUUGCAGGCCCCACCUGGCGUGUUGGAGAACAGAGCGGAACCGACACUGAUUAGUCGGGAGAUUGAGGAAGUCAUCGCUGGGUUGGCACCGCUGCACAAGGUGAAUGAGGAAGUCGGGAAGAGAUUUAUUGGGAAGGCGGAACGACCGGAAUCGGUGGGAGAGAUCGCCGUGGCCAGUAGGCCAAACGCAGAAUCUCUAAACAACAACAAGACAAUUCCGCACCAAAAAGAAAGCCCCACUGUUUGGCACUCUCUCCUCGCCCGGCAAUUUGACAACAAAAGAAGCAGCGACAGUAAAAAUAUUCUAAUGUUGGAAAAGUGAUCAGCUCAUCGCUGCAUUUUGCCAGACAUUUUCCUUUCGAAGCCCAAAGAUGCUGUGACCGAGAAAAAAAACACUGGGUACUCUCCAUUGGUUCUAAACUUCCAAUAGAAAAGCCGAUGCGAUGCUUUUUUCCUCGGU